AUGGUCCCAGAGCAGGAGGGGAGAUUCUCUGGGGUAAGUCCACAGUCUGAGGAAGUGGACAGCACAGCGGGAAGCACAGUGGAGAUAGCUGAAGAAGGGGGGCUGGAAGGUGUGCUCUCAAAAGUCCCCAGUGAGCGAUCUGGUUCGACCUGCAGUGGAAAUGACAGUCAGACAGGUCUGCCAAAACCUCCUGCCGUCCUGCCUAAAACAGAGAAGGCGGUUCUUAAAGCCAUUAAGUUAACAAACAGAAGAAUUAAGAAAGAAGAAGCCCACACCUCACACAAAUCCAGCCACAGCAGCAGUAAGCACAAGUCUGACAGGCACAAGAGUGACAAAAGCAGCAGCAGCAGCAGCAGUCGGAAUCCUAAAAGUGGAGAGAGAAAACACAAAGAAAAGUCUAUCCCCAAGGUUGAAGACAAUGCAGCUCUCUCCAGCCACAACCUCAAUGACUUAAAAGAGAUAGAACAACCCGCUCAAAGACAAAGUGUUGAAUCUGGAGAAAGCUCGAGGCACAGAGAUGGAUUUGUUGGUCUCAGUGAGAGGCAGGGGCGCAGCAGUGAUCGGAGAGCGAGGGAGAAGCCAGAGCACAGGCACUACAGCAGUGACCGGAUCAUUAGCAAUGUGCCUGUGUACAAGAACUAUGCCGGAGACAAGACGAGCUCCGAGAGGCCGUUCCAGCGCUCCAUGAGCACUGACAGGUACAUGGAGAGCAAAGUGCAACGCAGGCUCAGUGCUGACAUGUCUAACUAUGACAGAGUGGAUCCGAGAAGCCAGAGAAUUGAGAAAUCGAUCGUGGAUGAGCUGCAGCAGAGAGGCAGGCAGAAGGAGAGGCAGAGCAAGGAAAACCCGCUGCGAAGGAGCCACAGCAUUGACGCCCAGAGCACAGCUGUUCUCCACCCGGCGAACCUGUCUCGUCAGUCCAGCCUCAGCAGCCAGCUCUCACGCCAGUCCAGCAUCGAGCACGCCAUCGUGGCCUCAUCCUUCCCCAUCACACAGAGGAAGCUCCUCCAGGAUCCAGACUCAGGGCAGUAUUUCUUUGUGGACAUGCCGGUGCAAGUCAAAACCAAAACCUUCUUUGAUCCAGAGACGGGGACGUAUGUGCAGCUCCCAGUGCAGCCUCCAGAGGGAGCUAUACCACAGCCCUCUCCCAUGGAGGUUCUGAGCCCCCCCCUCAUGGUGUACCACAGCUUUGUCCCGGUGUCUCUGUCCCCCAUGACUCAGGCGGCCCCUGAGCAGCUGAUCAGGCAUUCUGAGGGCCACCCGUACUUGGAGCCGGUGUUUGGGCAGCACGAGCACGUGUUAGGAGAGUUCUUAGGCACUGAGGAGCUGGACUGCCCAAGCUAA